CAGCUGACGAUGAUCGGACGGCGCAGUAUUUAUUCGGCGUCGCUCGCAGUAGAGAAAAGAGCCUCCACGCUCCCAAAAUGCCUUUGCUUGCGCAGGAACAUGUUCGUAUCCCGAACAAAGACAUUCUGUCGUGGAUGUAUGACGAGCCGCAGUUCGAUCACAGCGUGCCGAUCUACAUAGAUGCCUACGAUGCGUCGAACUCGAUUUCCGCAGAGCAGGCGAAUAUACUGAUUCGACAGCUGAUUGCCGGAUUUCGACAAGCUGGUGUCCGAGAAGGCGAUACCGUGCUUGUGCACGCUUUCAACAGCAUCUACUAUCCUGUUAUUGUGCUUGGUAUCAUAGGCUGCGGAGCGAUUUACACGGGGUCAAACCCUGCGUACACGCCCUACGAGCUCGACCACGCAUUUCGAAGCUGCGCACCUAGGCUCGUCAUCUGCGACCCUGAGGUCAUGAACGACGGACUUACUGCUGCAGCCCAAGGCAAUGGAGUGUCUCUGUCCAGCAUCCUCAUUUUCGAUACCUCUUCCGUCAAAUCCCUUCGCACGACCUCGCAGCGAGUGCUUGAAGGCUUCGCAUCCUGGCGCAGCCUGCUCAACCAGGGCGAGGCAAAUUGGGUACGGUUCGACGACGAAGCCACAAGCCGAAGGACAGUCGCAGGUCUCUUCUUCUCGAGUGGCACAACCGGUUUACCCAAGCUCACUAAACUCUCGCACUACAAUCUCAUCGCGCAACACACGCUCGCGUUUGAAAAAUUUCCGCGUCCGUACAUAUUGAAGAGACUCAUUGCUCUGCCUAUAGUCCAUGCUGCGACCGCACCGUCGACGCACGUCUCUCCGUUGAGGUCAGGGCAUCCGCAGGUCAUUAUGCGUCGGUACGAUCCAGGGACGUUUCUGGAGAUGUGCGCACAGCACGAUAUCACGGACCUGACGCUUGUGCCGCCGCAAGUCAUAUCGCUGCUCGCACAUGCUAUGCCUGAUGCCAAGAAGAGAGAGCUGUUGAGGAGUAUUCGUCUGGCAUACGGAGGCGCCGCACCGCUCGAUGCAGUCACUCAGUCGCGCUUCCAGGCCCUGUUAUCUGCUGGCAGUCCGUUUACGCAAGAUGACGACACCGGGUCUGUCGGACGCUUCCUGCCGAAUAUGGAUGUGAAGCUGCUCGAUGACGUCGGCAAUGAAUUGCAGGAUUACAGUCAGCCCGGCGAGCUGGCGAUUCGCGGGCCAACGGUCACAGAGGGGUACGUCGGUGUGCCGAGAGAACGCGACUUUGACGUCGAUGGGUAUCUGCGGACAGGCGAUGUCUUGUAUCAAGACAAGAAGAGUAAGCUGUGGUAUAUCGUUGACCGCAAGAAGGAGAUGAUCAAAGUCCGCGGUUUUCAGGUCGCGCCGAAAGAGCUCGAGGGCGUGCUGCUCGAACACGCAGGUAUUGCCGAUGCGGCGGUCAUUGGCGUGAAAGGAAAAGACGGAAGUGAGAUGCCGAGGGCGUACGUGGUCAAGAAGGAUGUUACAUUAAGCGAGACGGAUGUGCAGGCUUGGAUUAAGGAGAAGCUCGCGCGAUACAAGUGGUUGGCUGGUGGCGUACAGUUCGUGGAGAGCAUACCGAAGAGUCCAAGUGGAAAGAUCCUGAAGAGGUUGUUGAGGGAAAGCGUUGAGAAGGGGCGCAAGUCGAAGCUGUGACAUAAAGAAGAGAUGAACUCUCUCUGCUUAUCGAAUAGACUAGAGUUGUCACCAAACUGUGUGUUUCGAUUAAUUCAGCAGCACCUUCGUCUUUGGUGUGAAGACUAGUCUUGUUCGAGCUCAUCUUCUUCGAGCUCAUCUUGUUCGAGCUCACCUUGUUCGAGCUCAUCUUGUUCGAGCUCA